GACCUCUUCUCACUACUAGUCAAGAUGUCCACCCAACUCGAGUCAGUCUAUCGGCUAAAGUGCUCAUGCAAUCAAUACCCAUGGGGUCGACAAGGAAAAGAAUCAAUCGCCGCCAGACUAUGCGAAUCACAGCCAGGAUGGGAUGGCCAUGGGCCCAAGACACAGUUCAAAAUUGACGAGAGCAAGCCGUACGCCGAGAUGUGGUUCGGGACGUAUCCGACACUGCCAUCGUAUGUGGCGGACACUGGGGAAGACCUCCAGGACGUUCUCGACCGCCAUCCGAAGGAGCUCAUAGGCGACGAGGUCUUGCAGAAAUUCGGUCACUCCAAGUUGCCGUAUCUCCCGAAGGUUCUGUCCAUCAGCAAAGCUCUGCCACUUCAACUUCAUCCGAACAAGGACCUGGCGAGCAAGUUGCACAAAGAGGACCCGGAGAGCUUCACAGAUCCAAAUCACAAGCCCGAGAUUGCAAUCGCUCUAGGCAAGUUUGAGGCAUUCUGUGGCUUCAAGCCUCUAGCAGACAUCGCCAAAUUACUCAAGCUGGAGCCGCUCCAGGAAUUCGUCGACCAAGAUCAGCUUUCGAAUUUCUCCAACUCACAACUCAAGGAAGUCGUACGAAAAAUGCUCAAAGCCGAGGAGUCCACCGUCAAGAAAGUCUACAAGGCUCUGACAUCUCUUCCUGAAUCACAAUUUGGCAAGGAAACACACAUCCCGCAGCUCGCUCCUCGACUUGCCGAGCAGUACGACGAGACUGACAAUGGCAUUCUGGUCGCCCUCAUCACCAUGAACUAUCUCGUUCUCGAGGCCGGCGAGUCAAUCUACAUCCCAGCGGAUGGUAUUCACGCAUAUCUAUCCGGCGAUAUCAUUGAGUGUAUGGCUCGCUCGAACAACGUGCUGAACACCGGCUUCUGUCCAUCGGCGGAUCGCAAUAGCGUGGAUCUCUUCUGCUCAUGCCUGACUUUCCAACCUCAUUCAAAGGACGACUGCAUGCUGCGACCGCAAAAGUACAACCGAAGUAAGAAUGGCAAGACGGUCGUGUAUGCUCCACCGUUGAGUGAGUUCGAUAUGCUACAGACGGAUCUCAAGAGUGGCGAGAAGGAAGUCCCGGGAGCUGUUGGAGGUCCGAGUGUGUUCAUCGCGACGAAGGGCAAUGCUACAAUGAAAGCUGCGGGUAAAAGCUACGAUGUGAAUGAGGGCUCGAUCUUCUUCGUGGCGCAAGGAACAGAGCUGGAGUUCGAAAGCAAGGAUGACUUUACCAUGCACACGGCGUUUGUAGAGGGCGAAACGAAGUAG